AUGGGAGCUCACGGUAUGGAUGUCCCCCCUGUCAUGGACCUCGGCUUCAGCCUGAGAGAAGGCCUAAUCGAAUCUGGACAAUUGUCGGUCAAUGCAACCGGCCCUAUAAAGGCACACACUAAAGCGGACCAAGAUGAUGAUGACGAUGAUGUGAUAUUUGACCAUUUGUGUCGAAGCAAUGGAAAGGUGAAUAAAACUGAGCCGAAACAAUACCAGUUCCUUCCCCUUUCUUCGCUGGACUUCUUAUUUAGCUUUGAAAGAACCAAAAAGAUCAUUACCAAAGCUUUUCCGGGUGAGAACCAUCAUGAUUUGUGUCAGGAAAUCUGUGGGAAGAGCUAUAAGCAUAGCAGGAUUCGAAUUCUCGCGGUGCUCUGCCAAAUGGAGCGCCCCCAACUUCUCAAAUCCUUUCUCGAACAUAAGGUGUUCGACGACUCGCUCCCAUUAGACACGCAGUUGAACAAAUUUGGAUGGAAGCAUAAAGACUUGGUUAACUGGAGAGACAAACAAUACAAGGCGAUUGCUCCAUUCUUUCAUUUGAACACCGGAAACCCGGAGCACUAUUGCCUAGAUUCGGGAAUACAACUGCCUUUUCUAUCACGUCGUGCCUUAGGCAGCGGGACUCAUGGGGCAGUUUCCGAGGUCUGCUUGCACGAGAAUCAUUAUUAUUGCGAAGAAAGCAAGGACUUCGAUCUCACAGGACCUUAUUUCUCGUUGAAGGAAUUCAGUGGUGGAAUGACAACCGAAUAUUCGAACGAGAGAAAAGGCCUAGAACGGUUUAGUGGAUCAAACUCUGGUCACCCUCAUCUCAUUCGGCUCCUGAUGUCGUAUGAAUAUGACGAUCGAUAUUUUAUGAUCUUCCCGUUGGCGAAAUACGACAUGCUUGAGUUUUGGAAAAUGGUUCCGAACAACCCUACAUCCCCAAGGUUCUUAAACUGGGUACUCACUCAGAGUUAUGGCCUCGCACAGGGACUUCAAAAAAUCCACAACCAUCAUACUAUACUAAAGAAGAAAUCAAAUAAGAAUAUGGGGCGACAUGGCGAUAUCAAGCCUCGGAACAUACUCUGCUUUGACUCGCCACGGAAAGAUGGUACUGAUGAUCGCCGGGAUGUUACUCGGUAUAGACUUGUCCUUGCCGACUUUACUUUCAUGCAGUUUCAUUCACCAUUGUCCUGCGAGCAUAGCACGGAGUCCACUAUGAGAUAUACUCACACCUACCGGCCCCCAGAAACCUAUUCGAUGCCCGGAAAUAUCUUCAGCCAACAGCAUGAUGUCUGGACAUUGGGGUGCGUCUAUCUAGAAUUUAUCACAUGGCAUCUUCUUGGAUAUGAUGCCAUUGACGAGAAAUUUUGUUUAAGGGAAAAUGGCCAAGUACGCGAGUUACAGGGUUUCCGGACCUUGCGGGAUUUUGAAGAUGCCGUCGAUGACGGUUUUGUCAAGGAUACAUUCUUCAACCUGGAUAGAAACAACAAAGCACAUCUUAAGAAGUCAGUGCCUCAGUGGUGUUCCUAUUUACGCGAAAGAAAGAACUGCUCACCCCAGCUGCAUGAUUUCAUCGACUUCAUUCAGGAGCACAUGCUAGUCGUGGAACCGAAAAAGCGCGAAAAUAUUGAUUUCACUAAAAAACUACUCGAGGAGUUGAAAAUAGUCUCGAAAGGCACUUACACCGAAGGUUCAAUUGGCGACAAAUCAACUGAGAAAGUCUUAGCCGACUGUCUACUGAACGGAAACAGAAUCUCUGAGAGAAGCAAUGACAUUCUUACCAAAGACCUCAACAUAGGAAGCGAAGGUAAUCCCACCGACAAUAAAUCCAUCGAACUUUUGAUGAUCGACCAAGAAACAUCUCUGGAGCCAUCUCCAGACAGCAGUUCGCAUAUCAUCCAAGCCAUAGAGGGAAAGAGACAUUCUGCUAAAGACUUUAAGAUGGUCCGUGAGAAUGAUUCGGCCGAUGACAAGUCUAUCGAAAAACCAGUCAUGUCUAAGGGGCUGCUUGUUCCCGGGCAACAACCCUCUCUUAACCCGUCUUCAUUUGGCAGCCUUCAUAGUACUCAAGUUGAGGAAAGCCAAAAAAGUUCUGCAGAACGUCCAACUCAGAACUUCUACAAGGAGACAAGGCGGAAUUGGGUAGUUCGAAGACUAUUUAAAUCUCAGAAAAAGGUAAAGAAGUGGUGGUUCAAGUUCAAAGAAUUUAAAGCAUCAACAGAAGGGCGGUGA